AUGGUGGAUUACUGCAUGACCAUCAACGAUGCCGAGAUCGAGCGUGCUGCCCGCAACGCCGUCAGACUCCAGAGAUGGCCGGUAGACGCCACCCCCAGCAGCAGCAGCGCUGCCACAUCAUCGUCGGCCGCAUCCUCCUCCAAUGACGGCGACGUUUUCUCGUCACCAACGAAAGCGACAAGGCGGAGGAGGCUCCCUCACCCGCCCCAGUCCAUCAACCAAACGGAAUACGGCCCGCUGAGCAUGUCGCCCAUCAGCGUCAGCAUCGAGACUAAGAAGAACGACGGCUCCGAGGACAUGGCAAAGGCGCAACUCUCCGUCUGGGCAUCCGCGCAGAUCCUGCGGCUGAGACAGCUGAUCGGCUCCGACGAACCGCUAGGUAUCACCCUGCCUCUGGUUUUCGUCUUGGGGUCGACAUGGCAGCUCCUCUUCGCCGUGGAGAGGAAAGAUCGGAUUGCUUUCUUUGGAUCCUUGGCUAACAACUCUGCUCUCGAAAGGAACUGA